AUGCCUUCGCAUCUACUUCCAACCUCAAAUGGUGUUGACUGGUCGUGUGAACAACCUCCAAGCUACGAUGCGCCAAGUCCAAGGCAGAUUCUGCGGAUAUGUUUGAACUUGAAGUAUCUCAUCGACAAGGUGGUGCCAAUAAUGUACGAUGAGAGUGAUAUUCUGUGCGACCACUCGCGCAUCUUAAACUCUCGCGUUCUUGACCUGGCCAAAGAUGCAUGCGGUGGGGACAAGAAGGACUCUAAGUCUCGCCACAAGUAUGAAUCGGUGCUGGUUUUCUGCUUGUUAAAAGUAUGUGCUUGGUACUGGGACUUGGCAGCCGCAGAAUUGCACAAUGCAGAACUUUACGAUUUGAGGGCUUCCGCUGCACAGCAGAUAUGCAAGCUGAUCAUAGAGGAAGAGGAGGGGAAAAAUGCACAAUUUUUGUUCAUUCACAUGCUCUGUCGUAGAUAUGUCAUAAACGAAAACGAUGAAGACUCUGACCCCGAGAAUGCCUUGGAACUUGCCAUGGACAUGCACUGCACGACAGUGAUCGGCUCCAGUGGCUACCAGAGGUGCCUUAAAUGGUUGUGGCGCGGUUGGAUCGUCCAGAACAAGUAUGAUGAUAAGGAUUAUGUUGUUUGCGAUGCGGUUGCUUCCUCAAAGUUCGGCCAGCAUUUCAGCCCUGACCGCUUGAAAACUCCGAUGUAUCAAAACAUCAUCCAAAUUUUCUUUUCCUUCAUUUUCAUUGCUCUUUACACUUUGGUUGUAAACAGCAAGAACUCCAAGGCCGUGGAUACGUUUGAUUUUUUUGAAGGUGCUUUUUACUUUUUUGUCCUGGGAAGUGUGAUUGAUGAGCUUUUCAAAUUUUACCAUGUUGGAUGGUCUUACUUCGGCUUUUGGAAUGCCUUCAACGAUACCAUGUAUUUCAUCAUUCUCAGUUCCAUGAUCCUAAGAAUUAUUAGUGUAACUCCAAUUCAAACCCGUUAUCCCGCUGAGUACUGGGACAAAAUAUCUUACCGGGUACUCUCGUGUGCCGCGCCUUUGGUUUGGGCUCGUCUCCUACUUUACUUAGAGUCCAGCCGCUUUGUGGGCGCUCUAUUGGUGGUCUUGAAACAUAUGAUGCAAGAAUCCAUCGUAUUUUUCUUUCUAUUGCUAUUAAUUCUAAUAGGUUUCCUGCAGGGGUUUAUCGGUUUAGAUUCUUCGGACGGUAACAGAGAGAUUACUUGGCCCAUCAUCUCGCAGCUAAUGCUGACAGUUCUAGGUGCCGGCAGCUUCGACACGUUUACAGAUUUUGCCCCGCCUUAUGCCGCUGUUCUCUUCUACUCGUACUCUUUUGUCGUUUCUGUCAUUCUCCUCAACAUUCUCAUUGCUCUGUACAGUACGGCUUACCAAAAGGUCAUCGACAAUGCUUUGGAUGAGUACAUGGCACUAAUGGCCCAAAAAACUUUGAGGUACAUCAGGGCUCCAGAUGAGGACGUUUAUGUGCCACCUUUGAAUCUCGUUGAGCUUAUAAUGGCUCCUUUCAUGCUUCUAAUUCCUGUAAAAACAGCCAGACGCAUAACUUACGUCGUCAUGUCCAUCAUUUACUUUCCUUUCCUGCUGGUCAUUGCUAUCAAAGAAGUGAGAGAGGCGAAGCGCGUCUCAUACAAUAGAAUGAAGAAACUGGAAGAUGACGCUAAUGAAACAGAUGUCGCAUGGAACCUUACUGAUGGUUACGUAGAUGAGGCAGAUGGUUGGAUCCCAAGCAGCGAAUCUUCAGGUAUCAUGGCAACUCAAAAAAAGAAUAAGAGGUCUCUUCAACUUCAAAAAGAGGCCGAAAACUCGGAUCCAAAUUUCAAGGUACACGCCGAUUGGUUUGAAAGUGUCAAGCAGUCCGUUCAACCAGUUGGUGAUGGAUUUAAGUCGGGUAUUGGCUGGGAAUCCUACGCUCUUUACGAGGAGAUGAAAGAGCAGAAGGAGAUUUCCAACAAGAAGGUUGAAGACUUGACUAAGAUGGUCGAAGAAUUAACCAAAAUGGUGAAGGACCUUUCUACCAAAUAA